CAAAAAAAUGUGUGUCUGACUCAAGUGAGUGCGCUUUACUUCCAAUUCUACUGCUGUGGAAAUGGAAGUAUCCUAGCUUCUCCGUUCUGAGUGUAGUUACUGUAAACAUCCUACACUCAGCUAUAGCCUGUAUGGAAGGCUGGGGAGAGGGUGUUUACUUUGACUGGCUUGGACAAGCUUCAAUCUGCAUGGAUGGGAUUUAAUGGUCACUCUGAAGAGAUGGAAAGAUUUAUUUUUACAAACAGAGAAGAAGGCUGCAAUUAAUUCCCAUUGGUAGUUUUUAUGAGAAACCUAACAUGUAGAAAGUGCAAUCAAUGGAGAAUUUGGAUGCAUUGUCACCGAUCAAUAAUGACAAUACAGUUUGUUAUUGCAAAAAAUUAAACUGCAAAUGUGUAUUGAUUGACUGUUUAUUUAUUCCUUGGAAUGUUUAUAAUGUAUAUCACAGUUUAUAGCAUACUAUUAUCCUAACAUUUUUAUGGACCUGGUUGAAAAUGGUAGUGAUUGCUGAGAAAAUGCACAUUCAUUCCACAAAUUAUGUUUUGCCAGUUAACACACCUGUAUUCAAAAUCCAUGUAGGCUACAUUAAUUUUAAGCUUAAUCAUUUCAUCACAUUAUUUAUAUAAAUUACAGUUUUCUACUGUUAUGGGAACAAAUUUAAUAACCAUUGAGCGUAUAUAUCUUGGCGUGAGUAACCAAUCAUGAUACUGUASACGAUCCCAUUCAAAAGAGAAGAAUAGAGUGGAAACCUUUUACAAAUGUAACAACGGUAGACUGUCUUCUGGUCAUCCCAGCCACAGGGGGAGGGCAUCCCAAACCAGCCUGCUUUUCUCUCCACAGGAAGACUAUCCGCCAUAUUUGUUGUCGCAGAUUCGCCAGAAACCUUCCUCAAAACAAAUAAAAAUACGAUUUUCAAUUACUUAUUCAAUAAGUAAUGUAGAUAUGUACAUUUAUUUAUGUAACUCUUAGGGUAUUACGUUUUAUUUUACAAACAUGGCGACGUCAACUGCAGGUGGGACUUCRUCCAUCUUCAUGUGUAAACUGUGCAACCUGUUCUCUCCACACCGAGCACAGCUCCUCUCCCAUGUGUCUGAGAAGCACCACACAGAGGGGCUCAACCCUGAUGACAUCAUUGUGGCCCUCAUGCCAUUCAUUGACAGCUCCACUGGAGAAGGGUGAGAGUGAGCACCUCCUCAAAGCAACCAGGGACCCCAACGAAAAAAGCAGAACACAGACAGUAGAGGCCAAUCAGAAGCUGGGCCAGUGGACGAGGAAGAGCCAGAGGACGACAAUGCCCUGGACUGCAAGAAGUGCAACCGAGUGUUCGGCAACAGACGACAGAUCAUGAAACACAUCUGCUUGAUAGACCUCAGAGAGGAUGAGGAUCAGGAGGAGGACAAUGACAAAGAGUUAGAGAGCUCAACCUGGCGCAGCAGAAGGCAAAGAGGAGAAAAAGGGAGAGAAGCUCAAAGAGGCCACGGCCACUCCUGUGGUUCUGACCACUAUGAGGCACUUCCUGGUAAGUACAACUACAUUAUUAUCAGUGUGGUUCUGACCACUCAUGAGGCACUUCCUGGUGGCGACAAGGAUAGUGCGAUCGAGGCCACCCCGGCUGAGCCGGUUGCUACAGCAGACACAGACCCUCAGGAGGCAGGACAGAAGAGAGGAUUUCAGGAAUAUUCCAUACAACAAGCUGCUUAUGAAGUGCCAUUAAAGUCAAACAGAAUAGGCCAGACCCAGUUGAAGAUCUUCACCUGCGAAUACUGCAACAAGGUCUUCAAGUUCCGCCACUCCUUGCAGGCCCAUCUGCGAACCCACACCAACGAGAAGCCCUUCAAGUGCCCACACUGCGACUACGCCAGCGCCAUCAAAGCCAACCUCAGCGUUCACAUGCGCAAGCACACGGGAGAGAAGUUCAGCUGUGAACACUGCUCCUUCCAGUGCCUCAGCAAGGGCCACCUCAAGGUGCACGUGGAGAGAGUUCACCACAAGAUCAAGCAGCACUGUCUCUUCUGCAAGAAGAAGUACUCUGAUGUGAAGAACCUGCUCAAACACAUGAGGGAGAGCCACGACCUAGAGGACAAGAAGGUGAAGGACUCGUACCAUGAGUACAGUCUACAGACCAGAGAAGGCAAGAGGCAGCUCCUCUACGACUGCCAGAUCUGCGACCGCAAGUUCAAGAACGAGCUGGACCGUGACCGCCACAUGAUGGUCCACGGUAGCGAGAGGCCGUUCGGCUGCGAGCUGUGUGACCACGGCUGCACCAAGUUCCAGGCUCUCCAGGCUCACGUCCGUAAGCAUCCCUUCCUCUACGUGUGUGCRGCCUGCCAGCAGAAGUUUGUCAGCUCCGUGCGGCUGAAGGCCCACCUGAAGGAGGCUCACCCAGAGUCAGAGGAGGCGGCUGGGUUCUCAGAGUCCAUCAACAGCAGCUUCUGUCUGCUGGAGCCGGGGGACGACAUCAAGAGAGAGAUGCUGAGACAGGAUGAGAUCAGAAUGGCUGAGGAGCUAUCUCUACUUAACGCCCAGCAGGAGGAGGAGGAGGCCCUCGCUGGUGACCCUUCAGAGGAGCAGGAGGAGGCCCUCACUGGUGACCCUUCAGAGGAGCAGGAGGAGGCCCUCACUGGUGACCCUUCAGAGGAGCAGAGGAAAGCCCUCACUGGAUCAGUGAGGAGAGACCUGAUAAGACACUGGUGGAGGAAGACAAGCCUCAUGGGAAAUAACGCCAUUGUGGCUGAACAAGACACUUUGGUAGAAAGGCCUUCAGGCAAGAGGAGUCAGUGGCCACCAGCAGCAUCCAGAAGAAGACAAAGGUUCUCAUCAACAUCACAAGGUCAUGUUGAGGAGACUCUCCGGUCUUUGGUUCUGAUUCAGGGGGAGGUCAUAGGUCAAACAAACGCUUCAGCUGGCCCACAAGGAGAAGAUGGCACAACGGGAGAGAGGAGCGCUUUCCAACAGAUUCUAGAUAAGUUGCAAAAGCAGCUGAACAUGGUUGUCUUUGACAGAAUCCGAAAAGUAUACGGGGACCUGGAAUGUGAAACUGUGUUUUUUUGUUCCCGUCUAGGAAAGCUCUUCUGGUAGGUGCACUACAACAUGCAUGUGCGUACUCACAAAGAGCAUCUACAUUACUGUACCCAGUGCAGCUAUUCUUCCAUCACCAAGAACUGUCUGAAGCGACAUCUGAUCCAGAGACACAGUAACAUCCCCCAGUGCCCCAUGGAACACUGUCAGUACUGCACACCUGACAAGUACAAGCUGCAGGCCCACCUCAAAACACACUUUGACAACGAGAAGAAAAGCGUUGCUUGCCCUGUGUGUGAGGAAACGUUCACUGAAGAUAAACUUAAACAUCAUAUCAAGAACUUUCAUCCAGAUACGCCGAUGAACACCAUCUCCGAGGCGCUUGGGGUGAGGGUGCAGAUGAAGGGCUUGAUCGGGAAGAGGGCUUCUAAGUGUCCUUACUGUGACAGCUACUUCAUGAGGAACGGAGCUGAUCUGCAGCAGCACAUCUGGGCUCACCAAGGAGGUGAAGCCCUUCAAGUUUUCCUGUGUGACUACGCCAGCCGCAGUAAGAGCAACCUGAAGCCACAUGAGCAGACACACCACGAGAAGACACACCUGUGUGACAUGUGUGGCAAGAAGUUCAAGUCCAAGGUCACUCUGAAGAGCCACAAGCUGAUGCACACAGAGGACGGUAAGCAGUUCAAAUGUACAGAGUGUGAUUACAGCGCUGCACAGAAACCUCUACUGGUACGACACAUGGAGCAGCAUGCCUCUUUCAAGCCCUACCGCUGCGGCCACUGUCACUACUCCUGUAACAUAGCAGGACCCCUGAAGAGACAUUACAGCAAGAAGCACCCCAACCAGGAGUACUGUAACGCAGGGCCUGGGCCAGCCACCUCUGAGGCUGUGGAGCAGCAAGGUGAGUCGCUCAGCAGAGACACACUUAGCAGAYGCUCUUAUCCAGAAAGACCUAGUCAAUGUAUUCAACUARGUUUAAUAGGGGGAAAACAAGUAUUGUUUUCUCUACCUUCUUGCCCUUUGUGCUGUUGUCUGUGCCCAAUAAUGUUUGUA